GUUCAGCUUUUAUGUUUGUAAUUGUAGUACCAUAAGCAAAACAUCCAAAUCAGCAGGUUUUAAAUUAAAGAACACAGUGGGGAAACACGAUUUAUAGUAAGCCUAGAGAGUUCGUUCAGUUGACAACUUGUACCUGUUCGGCAAAUAAGUAAAUUCGAGAGCAAUUAAAAGAUAAAUUAUUCGUACAAGAUGUCUGCGAAAUUAAAAAUAGUGGCAGUGAAUGUUCACUGCACAAACGUGUCCUCGGACAAUCCUUCCCGCAUGGAAAUGCUAUCCUGGGUGAACGAUACUCUGAAGUCGCAGCUUUCCAAGGUCGAGGAGCUGUGCACCGGAGCGGCCUACUGUCAGUUGAUGGAUAUGCUGUUUGCCCAAUCGAUUCCGCUGCAGCGAGUCAAGUUUCGCACCAACCUGGAGCAUGAGUACAUCCAAAACUUUAAGCUGCUGCAGGCAUGUUUCAAUAAGGUCUGUGUGGAUAAGAUCAUACCCAUUGACCGGCUGGUCAAGGGUCGAUACCAGGAUAACUUGGAGUUCCUGCAGUGGUUUCGCAAGUUCUUCGAUGCCAACUAUGAGGCGCGACCAUAUGAUCCCGUGACCGCUCGGAAAGGAGCAAUUAUGGGUCUGGGCUCAGCUCCCAUUGAUACUAGGAUGCAUAGGGAUGCGCCUAAGUGCAAUCCUCAAACCAAAACCGCCGAAGGAGCCGCAGAGCGGGCAUAUCAAGCUGCUAAGGACGAGUUGCACGACUAUUGUGAAUAUCUGCCUAUAAUGACAAGGGAGAGGGAUUUCUACUUAUCGAAACUAAGAGAUAUUGAACAACUUUGCCUGAAGUUCAAUAGUGGCAAGAAUAGGGAAAUAUCAGAGAAGAUUACUAAGAUUAUUUACGCCGACUAAGAGUUCAGUACAAAAUAACACUAGUUCAAACCGUUUCAGAAGCAAAAUUCACAGUGUUGUAGCGAUGCAGUUUGUUUAAAAUUCAACAGUGAAAUU